UUGCGUAUGCUCUUGGCUUUUUUCUUGUUUUAUACUUCAAUUCCCGGGACCCAUUUUGAGAAAUAUUAUAUUAUCAGUAUAGCUUCUCAUCAUGGAAAUUAGCUGAGAUCUCAGCUGCAUUGUUCUGAGCUGUUAAGCCUGCAUAGCCAUUAGACGCCUCGUAUGCUCAUAACCCAAAUCAAAUCCAUAUUCUUGUGAGCAACCCAGAUCACAGUUAAUCUUCUAAGUUGUUUCCUUUUUUCGCAAAUAUGUAUCCUCAAGGUCGAGUGAAGGAGGAAUUCCCUGCAGGAGCAAGCAGCUCGUUCUUUUCGGACACGGCGCCAUCUAUGAAAAUUCCUCCUCCUCAACCAAGGGAGGGACUCCAUGGCACAGGUCCUCCACCUUUCCUUACCAAAACGUAUGACAUCGUCGACGAUCCCUCCACAAACCAUAUCGUUUCUUGGAGUAGAGGGAACAACAGCUUUGUUGUUUGGGAUUCCCAGUCCUUUGCUAUGAGUCUUCUCCCCAGAUACUUCAAGCACAACAAUUUCUCAAGCUUUGUCAGGCAGCUCAAUACUUAUGGCUUUAGGAAGGUUGAUCCUGAUAGGUGGGAGUUUGCCAAUGAAGGGUUUCUUAGAGGACGCAAGCAUCUUCUAAAGACUAUUAAGAGGAGGAAGACACCUCAGCCCCAUGCUUCACAGCAGGCUCUGAACACUUGUGUUGAAGUUGGACGGUUUGGAUUAGACGGAGAAUUUGAUUGGUUGAGGCGUGACAAGCAGGUUUUAAUGGUGGAACUGGUGAAGCUUCGACAGCAACAACAGAAUACUAGAACUUACCUCCAAGCAAUGGAGGAUAGACUUAGAAAGACAGAGCUCAAGCAGCAACAGAUGAUGAGUUUCUUGACAAGAGCAAUGCAGAAUCCCAACUUUUUACAACAAUUAGUUCAGCAGCACAGACGAAAAGAGCUCGAGGAAGCGGUGAAUAAGAAGAGAAGGCGAACUAUUGAUCAAGGGCCUACUAGUAACCUUGAAGUUGGCGAACUGUCAGAGUUUGAGCGUCAGGAUCACGGCGACAUGUCGGAGUUUGAAGCUUCAGAGCUGGAAGAACUUGCUAUGAGCAUGCAGGGACUAGGUGGAAGCCAAAAUAACCCUGAGGAAGAACAUAUAGAGAAAGAAGAGGAACACGAAAGUAGAGAUCAUAAGGACUUUGAGGAGGUGUUCUGGGAAAAUCUGUUAAAUGAGGCUAAUAUCUAAGAAGAAAUAAUUGGUAUCCUUGGUGUUGAACAGCAAGAUGAAGGAGAUGUGGAUAUGUUGGCUGAGCAGCUGGGCUAGCUACCAGGCCUCUAGUCCUAUUUAGAGAACAUCCUUGUUCUGGCUUUCUACUUGUAUUGCUUCUAUGUCCUAAAUAAUGCAUCUUUUGUGUGUGUCUAGGUCUCCUUGAUGAAAAAAUCCAUGCAACUUUUGAAAUGGCAUAUGGGUUUCUUCAUAUCGACAAGGGGAACAAUCCAUGAACUAGAAGAAUGUACUUCAAGCGAAUGGGCAGACACAUUAAUUAAUAAUAUCAUAGCAACUUGGCAAUUUUGAAUUGCCGUCUGGAUUUGGCAUUCUUGUUCUCAAAUUACAACAGUAUCAGUAAUUACUUCU